UCCUCCUCAGGUCAGUGUGUAAAUUUGAUCUGAACCGAGUGCUCGGUGGUCUUGGUGAGGUUGUGCCGGUCUGCUCGGUGAGGCUGGGCCGGUUUACAUGAUGUCAACAAGUGACGCAGCUCAGUGUGAGCUCAGCGCGGAGACGCCUCAUUCCGGAGCAGCAGGAGCGCGGACAGCAGCUUCACGAAAUCAAAAGUAUGAACGUUUGUGCCGGGAGAAUCAGCGUCCUGAUCAGCGUCCAAUCGGUCGACAGAGUUUCCCGUCGGCCACCACGCAGGAAGCAGAACACACAGGUCUGAUCCUAUCAGACGUCUCCGUCAGAAGUGAAGACACUCCUCAGCAGCCUGUCAGUCCCUCGUUCACUUCCUGUCUGUUCCUACGACUCUGCAGCCGGCCUGACCUCAGAGCCAAUGAGAAUCCAGAACUGAGUCUGCACAGGUUAACAAGGAAGGCUGACGGCGGCUGCUGUCAGAACAAAGGACAGACAUCAGAAUCUGGCUUGUCUGUGAGAAUCUUCAGUGGCUCGUCAUCGUCUGGAGGAAAACUGUUUACAGACAGAAAGAAUGACGAUGGGAUCUCAUUGAAUUCCAAAGAACUGGAGACUAAUAGGGACUACAGUAGUGUCUCAAAUAAAGAGUCUGAUACUCAAACAGAUCCUGAGGAACGGUACAAGCCUCCCAGCACCAUGUUAUCUUCCAGUGUGGUGACGGUUCUUGCUCCUCACUGGAGCAGCAGACUGAGAAGAAACCGAAGAUUUGAGGGAACGAGCAAUCCUGAGGCUCUGGGAAGUUUACAGGAUGUGACCAAAUCUGCAACAAACUGCGCACAUGAAUGGUAUCAGGAGACUGCAGACAGGUCAUUGACGGACAGAUCGCAGGAAUCUUUAAGGGUUCCGUUUCAUGGUACCAGGAGGAACACUGAGGACUGGUCAACUAAGAGUGGUCCUGCAAGUUUGGACUAUGGAUGUAAGAGGAAGAUGAUUCACACCGUCUCUUUGGAUGUAAAUUCUGGACGUUUCGACAAUAGAAAAAUAGAUGCAGCUGCUUCGAGUCCUCUAGCAACAACUUCAUCCCCCCAAUCUCCCCUUUCCCUUCAACCACAUGUUCAAAGGAGGAACCAGCAAACUAAGAAUCAAGAUGGACUGCCAUCCUUAAGCUCAAAGCCAACAACGAGCAGUCUUCUUCUGUCUUUAAGAAGAUCCAGCAGCAGGAUCUCUUAUGCAGCCUCCCCCCUCUCAAAGAUAAACCCAGCAUCAAGUGAUCAGAAAGGAAAAUUAUUCCCAACUCGCCUUUCUCAAACUCUCCAUAACAAAAAUGACCACAACAAAUUAAAGCCCCUCCAAUCUCCAUCUUCCAUUUCUUGUAAAACAACUGAAACGGCCCCCCUUCUUUUCUCCAAUCAAGAAGAAAGGACGGUGUUCGAAACACAAUUAUUUUCUGCUUCACCGAUAAAAAGAGAUGCAGAAGAUGCAUCCUUUACCCAACAAGCCCAAACAGUCACCAGGGCCCAGUCCAAUCUUUUAUGCUCCAAACAGGCUAUUCUGAGCAGAGGAUUGCCAGACAGGCAACAAAGCUUCAGGGGUUCAGACACAAACUUAUUCUCAGAGAGCUAUGGCUCCUCUCCCAGACAGUCAUACGACCGCUCUAUCUGCCUCCACCCUCGUAGAACCACCCUGACAUCCACUUCCUGGUGGAAACAAGUUUCUCAGGAAGGCAGUUCCCCUCUGAAGCUCAACGAUACGAGUGUCAAAGACAAGCGGAACACACCCUUUGCUCCACCCAAUAAUAAUAAUAGUGACUUGGCCUCUGCAAGUCCAACUGACAUCAAAAGAUGUAAUAGGCAAAUUGCCAAUAACAGAGACAACAAUAACACAACAGAGUCCUUCUGCAAAGGCAACAUGAACCUUUUAAUGAAGCCACAGGGAGGAUCCCAGAGCAUCAAACAGAGAAUCUUGGAGCAUUCACCUGAACAUGAUUCAGACAAGCUUGUCAAACAGCAAAGUGAAUCCAGUGUAAACAACAGAGGACCACAAAAGCCUCAGAGUUUGCCUAAUGUUUUUCUUAGUUCUAAAAUUAACAGAUCUACACCACAAAAAACACUGAGUCAUCCUAAAGAUCUCAGAGAGUGUGAUGUAAGUGAUAGCUCAUUUACAGCCACACCAUCUACUGUGCUAAAUCCCAAAAGCUUAAAUUCACCCCCUGAGAGCACCAGUAAAUACAAAAACAACCUAACCCUCACAUCUCCAUACAACAAGGACAAUCUGAGCAAUCCUCUUUUGUCUUCCAGUGUCACCAACACUCUCAAUAAUCAGGCUCCAGCCUCUAAAACUGCCUCCAAUCUCCACCCAACCAACACUACCACUAAUACUGUAUUUAACCACCUUCACACUCCAUCACACACCACCUCAUCUUCACAAACAUCCAUAUUUACCAACCCAGUGAAUUCCAAACCUCUGGGUUUUGAAAGAAGCUUUAAUUCUGUUCCUUUCCAACCUAAAGCUGCAUCCCGUCUGAUUCCCACAAUCAAAGUUUUCUCUAAAACAGAGCCCAGUCCUGUAUCAACCGCUUCCACCUCUCUCUCUUUCUCAAGAACGUCCCUCCUUACUCCUGCUCCAGCUACUCCUUCCAUCCCCAUCACCAUUCCCUCUCCCUUAACCCCCCCUGCCACACCUAACAUUACCAGCCCGAACUCAGACUCUUCUAGCGCUCAGGAAGGGAAAGAUUUCUCAAGCAGCCAAAAGAGAGAUUCAAAGAAACUUCGCUCAGAGGAAAAACGAGUCAGAAGAGUAACAUGGGAGGACUGUGUGGAUCUGCAGCACUCUGAGCCGAUCAAGAAUCCAGAACUACCUCAAGUCUCAACAAGCCCUCUAUCUUCCUCCAGGUCCUCACCAACCACAAAUACAUAUUCUCUGUGCUCCCCCACAUCCAGGACUUCCAGCAUACAGGCGCUGAAAGGAGGCAAGUACCGAUCCUUUUCAUCCGACGCCGCUGAUUUGGUGUCCAGGGUACAAGACAGAUCUGAGCUAGGAUCUAAUAACCCGCUGAUCUUUGACCAGAAAACACAGGAAGAACCCAGACCCAGACAGGAGAGGACUCUAUCAGUUGAACCUGGCACGGUCCUUUCUUCUGCACCCCUCUCCCUCCCCCCUGACUUUUUAAGUGGUUAUAAGCUUCGAUAUAGCUCCCCACCUUAUUCCACUCUCAUGUCUACAAGGUCAACAACGGGAGAAACUAAGACUGUGACACCCAGAUCACUCUUCCAAAACCCUAUAAACUAUACCCCACAUCUUUCUAAACAAACUGAUUCAGCCGUGACCUCAGAUAUGUCCAAACCCCCUGUGUCAUCCGGCAGCCUCCUCCAGCCCCCUUCCACCCAGCAAAGUUCCAAACUUGGAGUUUCAGAAACAUAUCAAGUCAACAACAAGAACAGCACGAUAUUACUUGUAAAGAACAGAGUAGAUAUUGGCUCCCAGUCUCUGCAGGAAGCUAAAGCACAGACCUCAUCCUCAACAUGUGUAACUGAGACACUGGUUUACUGCGUUCAAUCUAAAGCAGUUACUGAAGCUUCAAAGAACAGCACAUCUAAACUGUUGCAACAAGCUGCAACCACAGCGACAGAAAACAAGUUCAGUCAGAGGCCAAACAAAGUGCAGAGUAAGGAAACCGCAGGUGAACCAGGAAAUCUUUCAGAACAGAGCUCGAGUGGAAGCAGCUCCACAGACAGUCGUUCCACUGAUGAUGGAAGCAGAAAAAUGAAGAACAGUGCACUUUGUAAAAGCAGAUUUUUUUCAGUGGAGAGCAACAAUGAACAAAGCCCAAAGAGAAGUCGCUUUGCUCUGAAGAAAAGUGUCAGCACACCAAACUCCAGUUUAUCAAGGGCAGAGUCUGACAGAACCAACAAGACUUACAACAGAGUGGACCAAGUCCUCAGCAGACUGAGACAAACAUUCAGCACCAGACGGUCUGAUGAUGAGUUAUCGUUUCCUUGGAAAUGGAGGCGAGGCUCCCAAACACUUUCUGUUGGUGGAUUGAGAGAUAUCAGCAGUGACGUACCUGCUGAGACCAAAACUUUAGAAAAGCCAGAGCAGGAGGAGGCAAAGGUUCUGGAGGACACUGAAAAGGAAACACAGAGUACCAAAAGAUGGACACAUAACAGAUACUCCAUCACAACAACCACACCUUUCAGAGGCCCCCUGACAGCAGAAAAGUUUGAUAUUUGGUCAGACGAACUACCUCCAGAAAUCGAUCAAGACCGCCAAAAUGCUUGCAUGGAACACGUGUCUGAAAAAAAACAAAAACAUCUUUUGACAAUUCAUAGCUCAACAACACACAUGUUUAACUCUUACAAAGACAACAGGACAACCACCCAGCUCCUCCCCUGUAGAGAUCCCAGUCCUGGAAGGAGCUCCAACCUCUCAGCUGGAUUUCCUCCUCAAUUCAGGAAGUCCACACCCAGCCCCAGGAGCCCAUUCUCCCCCUUCUCCUCUCUCUCACCUGUCUCGCCGUUUCCCUCCCCCGAGGUUACAGAUGACAAUGUCUUUUACAGCCCAAAGCUUCAGCGCCGCGGAGAAUCCCCUUCACCUGUAGAUCCAAGGGAAGGGAUCAGUCUGAGGGCUUCAAGAAGAAGUCCGGCAUUUACUGGUCCUCCAAGUGCAGGUCCUGGACAGGACAUGGAGUGCUCUGCAUCCUAUGCAGACUUAAAGUACGGCAUCGAGCCUGGGAGGUCAUUUUCUGUGAGUUCAGUACUGUCCAGUCGACCCUCAGGGCCUGGUCGUAUCUCCACCGGGUCAAGGUUCAAGAGUGUGGGUGACCUCUCUGAAUCUGCUUUGACUUCUGGAGGGACAGAAACAGACCCCUGGUCAGUCUCUCCUGAUUGGACCACAGGGUAUGAUUCCCUGCCCAGUAAGGACUGUCUAAUGGCAUAUUUCCCAAGUGACCCCAGUAAAAUGAAAACCAGGUCUCUUCCUCGAUCGCUAACCAGACGUUUGGCUAACUGGAGCUCAGGAAUCUCUCCGUCUGUAACUAUGGCAACCUCAAAGCCGGCCCGCCUGCGGAGCCCAACCUUGAACACCUGCCACUUUUCAUGGGACACAGAGGGUCCUCCAACCCCUCCUCCAACUCCACCCCUGUCCCCAGUGUCCAGACCUAUGUCCAAACUCCCCAGCCUGUCCUCUCCUACCUGUCCCAUCUCAUCAGGACUAAAGAAGGUGGACAGUCCGUCCUCCAGAGGACGUCUGCCCUCCAAAGGUUAUGUUUCCAGCCUCAGCACUUUUGAGGAGUCUUCAGACAGCAGCUCAGACACAACAUCAGACGAUGAAUAUUACUUAGAGACUGGCGAAAAAGAGAAAGAGACUGAAUUGUGAAACAGAAAGUCUUUGGUCCUGGAUUCAGAAACACACACGAGAGUAAAGAAGAGGCAAAGUCUUAAGCGUCAAAGUGACGCCCGUGAGUCACUUUAUGAUGUCAUUGGGGGUGGGUGGGCGCCUGCAUGAUCUGCUGUAUAAGUGGGCGCUGGCGUCUCAAACAGACUUAAAUGAGCAUGCAUGAUAAUGCCAGAGUUUCUAUUGUAAGUGUACAGGUUACUGUCUAGAGCUGCAGAGGUUUCAGAAAUGAUUCAGCUUUGUUGGCAGGGUCAGUGAUGUCACGUAUGUGUAGUUUGAAUGAUCCUGUGAAGUUUGGAUUCAAUCUUCAGGUUUGCAUUUCCUUCUGAUCCGGAACAGUUCAUGCUGAGCUGAUUAAUUAAUAUUUCAUCAUCUCAUUUUUUUGAAUGUUGUAAAGAGAAUAAACUGGACAUGUUUUUGAUUCUUAGAUAAGAGGUGAUCAAAGUGCUCCUCGUGUGAACACGGUGAUAAUCAGAAGUCUUAAAGGGUAUUUUAGGAAUAAAUGUCAUAUUUUCACUAA